UGCUACAAUCCUCCAUUCCGGUUGCUCCAGGUUAUUUGAUUUGAGUUCGAUUGAUUAGAGUUUCUUUAGCAACCAAUGGCGCCUCCUUCUAAAGCUCCCAGUACGAAGAAGGCUGAUCAAAAGACAAAGGCCUUGAAGGCUGCCAAGGCCGUGAAAUCAGGUGCAUCUUCCUUGAAGAAGAGGACCAAGAAGAUCCGAACAUCUGUUACAUUUCAUCGUCCAAAGACAUUGAAGAAGGAAAGAAACCCAAAGUACCCCCGCCUCAGUGCACCCCCAAGGAAUAAGCUUGACCAUUAUCAGAUCCUGAAGUAUCCUCUCACCACGGAAUCAGCAAUGAAGAAGAUUGAGGACAACAAUACCCUGGUUUUCAUUGUUGACAUCCGUGCAGACAAGAAGAAGAUAAAGGACGCUGUCAAGAAGAUGUAUGACAUUCAGACCAAGAAAGUGAAUACCUUGAUCAGGCCUGAUGGGACAAAGAAGGCAUAUGUGAGGUUGACACCAGACUACGAUGCCCUGGACGUAGCAAAUAAAAUUGGGAUAAUUUAAGACCAUCGCUAGCAUUUGUGUCUUCUAUAUUAUCUUUGAUUCUGACCCUAGUAAUUUCUAGCCAGGUUGGGGGCAGUUUUGUUAGGAAUUUUGAGCAUAGACACAGGAUUGCAUGUCCAUGUUUCCAUUUUAACUAAACUAAAAGAAUGUUAGUCAAUUUAUUGAUAAAUGGGGAGUUGAUUUGGAUGCAUA